AUGUCGACCGAGAAGCAGUGGUUCAGCGAGACGGAGGCCAUGUGGCCCGGCCAGAAGUUCUCGCUCGAGAUGGAGGAGGUGCUGUUCCAGGGCAAGUCGGACUUCCAGGACGUGCUCGUGUUCAAGUCGGCCACGUACGGCAACGUGCUGGUGCUGGACGGCGUGAUCCAGCUCACGGAGCGCGACGAGUUCGCGUACCAGGAGAUGAUCACGCACCUGCCCAUGUUCGCGCACAAGCAGCCCAAGCGCGUGCUCAUCGUGGGCGGCGGCGACGGCGGCGUGCUGCGCGAGGUGACCAAGCACGCCUGCGUCGAGCAGGUGGUCAUGUGCGAGAUCGACUCGAUGGUGUGCGACGUGUCCAAGAAGUUCUUCAAGGACACGGUGGCCACGGCCUUCGACGACCCGCGCGUGACGCUGCUGCACGCCGACGCCGCCGUCUACCUGCGCGGUAACACGGCCGACAAGUUCGACGUGGUCAUCGUGGACUCGUCCGACCCGGUCGGACCCGCCGAGGUGCUGUACCGCGCCGAGUUCUACGAGAGCAUGAAGAACUCGCUGUCGCCCGACGGCGUCAUCUGCACGCAGGGCGAGUGCCUCUGGCUGCACCUGGACCUGAUCGUGGACGUCAUGCAGCGCUGCCAGGGCCUCUUCCCCACGGUCAACUACUCGUACACGACCAUCCCGACGUACCCGUCGGGCCAGAUCGGCUUCAUCAUGUGCUCGCUCGACCAGAGCGAGGGCGUGCUGGCCAAGCCCAAGCGCACGCCCGACGCCAAGAUGCAGGAGUCGCUGCGCUACUACAGCGCGCAGAUCCACGAGGCCGCCUUCGUGCUGCCCGCCUUCGCCGAGCGCAAGAUCGCGGCCGUGCGCAAGUGA